UACCACGGCGACGCAGGAAGUGUGUGUAAAGCAGUUUGGGAACUUUGAGAGGUCCAGUGAGUCAUUUGCGAAGAUGCGGGUUCUGGUCGCGUUGCUGCUGUUGGCGGUGGUGGAGGUCCUCGCAGCCGCCUCGAAGGAGAAACGCGAAGCUGAACCCGGCCUGUCCCACCACCAGUUCGGACACACGAAUGACUUCGGCUUCGACUACGGCAACCCGGUCUACGGACACGGCCGCGGGCGUGGCUACGGCUACGGUUUCGGGAAGUAUGGCAUAGACCUAAGCUACCACGGUCCGUACCUCGGCUAUAAGUUACACCCUUACGGCGAGCACGCCAAUGUCCAGGUGUACGAGCACACCGUCUACAAGAGGGAAGCCGAACCUGGACACCUUUUGGGACAUGGUCUAGGCUCCCUUGGCCACCUGCACGUACCAGUUCACGGACUAGGCCUAGGAUACAAACGUGGGCCAAAAACUACUUUCGGAUACAAGGUUGAAGUUGGGCAUCCCGGUUCCGGAAAAUCAUACCAGUACAGGCAUGGAGUGGUCGGACCAUCAUAUCAUACCUACUACUAAUCGUUCUAAAUAUAGAUAAAUGCAUACAAAGAUAUAUAAA